ACACGGAAAAGGAAGGGAGGGGGGGAAAGAAAAGAGGGUGAUCCUGGUCUUUAGAUGGAUGUCUGAGGCCGCACAGCUUCAUACACAGCACCACGCUCCAUUUUAGCAGGAAGCCUUAACGCAGAGGAAACGCGGCUGUGACUGAGUGGAGGAAGACGACAAAGGAAAGCAGAGGAAGGCCAGUUGGAUUGAGAGGUAGACACAUCCGAAUAAAUGUUGGCUGGAGACUGAGAAAAAACAGCCGGAAAAACCGAGGCAGAGGCGGAUGAAAGGAAGAGGAAGGAAAAGACGCGGAGGCAUGAGCACGAACCAGAGAGAUGCAGCAUCCUGUUCUCUGUCUUUUAUCUUGACAGCCGACCGAGAGAGAGAGAAGAAGAACCAAGUAAAAGAGAACGGCAGGGGAGGUGCCUUUUCCUAAAAGAGGGGAGAGGGAGUGAAGGAGGACAGGCGUGUUGGGGGGGCGGGGGGGGGCUGGUGUGCUCAGCACGUAGGCUAACACACAAGCAGCUUCACUGCGCGCAGAUCCACACACUCGCUGACACCGACCGUCACCCAGCCUCCACUGGCAGGCCGGGGCGACGCUGAGCAUCGGCAAGGUGGCAGGAGAAGCAGAGGAGGCGACCGCCGGAGCCGAGCGGAGGAGGAGAGCGGCACCAGAGGACGGAGACGGAGACAGUCCAGGAGGAGGGCAAGGUGGCGCCGUGUGGUGUGGCGGCUCGGCGCUGAGGAAGAGAAGACGGGGGAGGGGCAGUGGUGCUGAGGAGGAGGAAGAGGAGGAAGCCCGGGGACUGAUGGCUCGCGGCAGCGGCUCAGGAAGGUGGAGCAGGCAGAGGUUGGGAUUCUUCAGCACGAUGCUGCGCUGCAACCUCCCCCCUGAGACUCAGAAGGUGGUGGUUUUCCUUAUCAUGAUGCUGCUCAUCAUCAUCAACGUGGUGCUAAUGUUUCUGCUGGCCUUCCAGUAGAACGUACUCACAGGCCAACACCCUCCCACACACACACACACACACACACACACACACACACACACACACAUCCUUUCUGGAUAAAAGACAAGACCGGGUCAAUUGAUAAAACAAAGGACCGAAGAGCAGAAGAGGACAAAGCAGGGCUGCUGAGAUUGAUGGGUUUCCAACAUGGCACAACCAGAACACAGCUGAUUAGUGAUGGCAAUGUGGUGUAUGCUGAGGCCCUCUGGGACCAUGUCACAAUGGACGACCAGGAGCUGGGCUUCAAGGCCGGGGAUGUCAUCGAAGUAGUGGACGCCACUAACAAGGAGUGGUGGUGGGGUCGCAUCAUGGACAGCGAGGGCUGGUUCCCUGCCAGCUUUGUACGGUUGCGUGUGAACCAAGAUGAGCCCAUGGACGAUUAUCUCACCCACCUGGAGGACGCACAGGCUGGAGAGGAGAACCGGGAAGGUCUGGGCGUGUUUCUGGGACCUGGUUUACCCUGCAAAGAACAGAUGAGGACCAAUGUCAUCAAUGAGAUUAUGAACACCGAGAGAGACUACAUCAAGCACCUGAAGGACAUCUGUGAGGGUUACGUCAAACAGUGCCGCAAGAGGACGGAUAUGUUCACUGAAGAGCAGCUUUGUACCAUCUUUGGCAAUAUUGACGAGAUCUACCGAUUCCAGAAGAAGUUCCUGAAAGGCCUGGAGAAGAACUUCAACAAAGAGCAGCCGCACCUCAGUGAGAUCGGUUGCUGCUUUCUUGAACACCAAACAGAUUUCCAGAUCUACUCAGAGUAUUGCAACAACCACCCCAAUGCUUGCAUCCAGCUCACUAAACUUGUGAAGGUCAACAAGUAUGUAUUCUUCUUCGAGGCCUGUCGACUCCUCCAGAAGAUGAUUGACAUUUCCUUGGAUGGCUUCCUGCUUACUCCAGUUCAGAAGAUAUGCAAGUAUCCACUGCAGCUGGCAGAGCUUUUAAAAUACACCAACCCACAGCACAGGGACUACACAGAUGUGGAGGACGCCUUAAAUGCCAUGAAGAACGUGGCCAGGCUGAUUAAUGAGCGAAAGCGGCGUCUUGAGAACAUUGACAAGAUUGCCCAAUGGCAAAGCUCCAUCGAGGACUGGGAGGGAGAAGACGUCCUUAGCAGAAGCUCUGAUCUCAUUUUUUCAGGAGAGUUGAGCAAGCUUUCCCACCCUCAUGCCAAGAGUCAACAGAGAAUGUUUUUCCUCUUUGAUCAUCAGAUGGUCUACUGCAAAAAGGACCUCCUGCGGCGGGAUAUGCUGUACUACAAGGGUAGGAUGGACAUGGACAGCAUGAUUGUGAUAGACGUGGAGGAUGGCAAGGAGAAGGACUUCAACAUCAGCGUGAAAAACGCCUUGAAGCUGCGGACACUGACUGGUGACGAAAUCCACCUCCUGUGUUCAAAGAAGCCAGAGCAGAAACAGCGCUGGCUACGAGCCUUCGCCGAUGAGAGGAUUCAGGUCAAGCAUGACUGCGAGACAGGAUUUUCUCUUACAGAGGUCCAGAAGAAACAGGCUAUGCUUAAUGCCUGCAAAAGCCAUCCAGCUGGAAAACCCAAAGCAGUGACCCGACCCUACUAUGACUUCCUUAUGCGACAGAAACACCCCUCUCUUCCAACUGCUUUGCCACAGCAGCAAGUCUUCAUGCUGGCUGAACCCAAGCGCAAAACGUCCACUUUCUGGCACAACAUUGGCAGAUUGACACCAUUCAAGAAGUAAACACACAAGAGGAGAAAGCUGUGGAGAGAAGGUCCAGAGGAAGCUUGUGCCUGAUUAACCUUUUUAUAAUGAUCCCUUUUCUUUCCUACUCGUAACCCUGCCAUAAUUGACAUCUUAAUAUAUUGCAUAGUUGAUGAUGAUUAUAAUGAGGAGAAGGUCCUUUUAUGAAAGCACUUUAUAGGUUGGUUAACAAUCAGCCUUAAGAAUGAUUUUACUCUCGCUUAACAUCCUACUACACCACCCUCAAUUAAGCGCCGACUGGUAUUUAUAAUACUACUGUACUGCUGUGAGUAAGCGUGGGACUCCUGAUUGUGCUGCCUCUGUGAACAUUGUUGAAUUGUUUUAUGAUUUCACAUAUGUGAUCACAGUAACAGACGAUAGUGUUACAUGUUUUUUGUCGCUGGAAAAAAAGGAGAAAUUGAAGAGUAAUUAUUUUUAAUGUGCAAAUAAUUAUAAUUAGGAUGGUUUCUGCUCUGUUUGUGUUUUGUGAAUCUAUCCAAAUAUGUGAAAAAUGUCGUCAAAUGCAAGAAGAGAAGCUUCAUUUUGUUACAGAUUUCGAGUUUUUCAUUUAAACAAUGAACAGUAAUCCAUGAACUCAUUCCUUGAGUCCACUUCAAUGAAAGGGGAGGAACAUUUUGUUUUCUUUUUUAAGUGCCAUUGCAAUGGAUGACUUACAAUGGCAUGCAUGGAUGUGAUGAAAAACUACUGUGAAUAAUCUAUUUUUACCUCUGAAGAACCCUGCUAUAUUUAACCCGAUUCAGGAAGCUGCUAGGCUGACAGCAUCUACAAUUGCUAGUGUUCCUGCUUUGUGUUCUUGGUCUUCACUAAUUUCAGAUCAGUGCAGCUCAGUGAUUUGACUCUAAGUGCAUUGAGUGAAAUGUGCUCCUUUCAUCGGUAUCUUGUUUUAGUCUCUGACAAUAUGGAAUAUUAAACAUUCCUGAGCUUAUAAAUGUGUGGUGAUGAAUAUCUUAUUUUGUGCUCAUGUGUGGUCCUGCUCUCCCAAUAUUAAGUUACCGUUUGGGAACAUUUUGAUGAGGACCUGUCUUUAGCCUGGCUCAACCAUUUUCUUAUGAUUGCCAAGUUAAGGCUUCAAAACUUGUGUUCUUAACAUUUUCUCUCACUAAAGCAAGAAGAAGUUUCAAUAGUCUUAGUAUUUUUAUUUUUUCUUUACCGCCUUACGCUCUAUUAUUUUAUUUGAAAAUAAAAAAAGCAGCAGGUCCGGACUCCACACCCUGAAGCAUUGUCCUGACCAGCUGUCUCCUGUGUUCACCGCCAUCUUCAACACUUCAUUGGUGACAUGCCAUGUUCCUGCCUGCUUCAAAGCCUCCACCAUCAUCCCUGUUACUAAGAGGCCCGGGAUCACAGGACUGAAUGACUACAGGCCCGUCGCACUGACCUCUGUAGUCAUGAAGUCCUUUAAAAGGCUAGUCCUGUCCCACCUGAAGACCCUCACCGACCCUCUCCUGGACCCCCUGCAGUUCUACAGAGCCAACAGGUCUGUAGGCCCCUCCACUUCGUCCUCCAGCAUCUGGACUCCCAAGGAACCUACGCCAGGAUCCUGUUUGUGGACUUCAGCUCUGCCUUCAACACCAUCAUCCCGUCUCUGCUGCAGGACAAACUCUCUCAGCUGCACGUGCCCGACUCCACCUGCAAGUGGAUCACUGGCUUCCUGUCCGACAGGAAGCAGCAUGUGAAGCUGGGGAAACAUGUCUCAGCCUUUCGAACCAUCAGCACCCCCCCCAAGGCUGCGUUCUUUCCCCUGGGCUCUUCUCCCUGUACACCAACAACUGCACCUCCAGUCACCAGUCCGUCAAGCUCCUGAAGUUUGCGGAUGACACCAUUCUCGUUGGACUGAUCUCAGGUGUGGAUGAGUCUGCAUACAGGUGGGAGUCUGACCACCUGGUGAUGUGGUGCAGCCAGAACAACCUGGAGCUCAACGCCCUGAAGACAGUGGAGAUGGUCGUGGACUUCAGGACGACCGCAGCCCCACCUUCCCCCCUCACCCUGUGCGACUCCCCCGUCACCACUGCGGAUUCCUUCCGUUUCCUGGGCUCCAUCAUCACCCAGGACCUCAAGUGGGCAGCUCCAUCACCAAAAAGGCUCAGCAGAGGAUGUCCCUCCUGAGGCCGUUGAAUAAAUUAAACCUGCUAAAGACGAUGAUGGUGCACUUCUACACGGCCGUCAUCCUCUGCUCCUCCAUCACAGUGUGGUACGCUGCAGCCACAGCCAAGGACAAGGGCAGGCUGCAGCGUGUCAUCCGCCCUGCAGACAGGGUAAUUGCCUGCAAUCUUCCGUCUCUCCAGGACCUUGAAGCGGGCUAGAGAGAUUGUAGCUGACCCCUCUCACGCCGGACAUGAACUGUUUGUGCCCCUUCCAUCUGGCAGGAGGCUGAGGUCCAUCAGGACAAGGACCUCCCGCCACACUAACAGUUUCUUCCCUUCGGCAGUCGGGCUCAUCAACAGAGCCCGGGUCCACCCCUGACUGACUCUCACUCCAUGUAUAUUCACUUUGUCACUUUCACUUGUCACUUUCUUUUGGCUGGUGCACUUUAUCUUUAUUUUUAAUGUCUGUCUGUUGUCCAUUAUUGUACUGUCUUCCUUCAUGAACAACCGCCAAGUCAAAUUCCAUGUAUGUCUGACAUAUGAUGACAAUAAAUGUUUCCUGAUUCCUGAUGAA